AUGGCUAGAUUGUAUUUAUCAGCUAAUCGUGAAUUAGCUACAUAUACGUAUUCUUGUUUAUAUGAAAAUUUUUCAUGUAAUACAGAUAUUGAACAAACAACAGCUAAUGUAGAAGCAAAAAAAUCAAGUGUUUGGAGUAUAUUUAAUACACAAUCCACACAAUUUAUUAAUCCUUCAUUUCAUGGAACAAGAAAAGAAACACCUGCUGGUUCAUCUGAACAUCCAUCAUCAUCAUUAGCAAAUCGUUUACAUCGUUCGACAGCUGAUCCAAAGUUAAAACGUUCAAGUUCAUCAAAAGCAUUUUUAAUAAAAAAAAGAAAUAGAAAAGAUUCAAAAUUAAAACAACAAAUAGUUUAUUAA